CAAAUUCGCGCCAAUGCCCGGUACAGAUGGCAGAUGUUUUGUAACCAUCGGUAAAGUGUACACGCCAGGCGAUUUCGGGUUAGAUUUCAUGAUUUUUUUGUCGCCAAACGGAAGUUCACACAACAAUAAAAAUCACACUACGGGAUAGCGUGUACCUUACAGAAUAUGAAUAUCGAUAAUUCAAAGUUAUCAAGUUAGCCUCGAUGUUGUUUGAGCUUGUGUUUCGCGAUCCUCUCUAGCCACUCUGCCGAGAACCUAGUUAGGAAACCAUUUUGUUUAGUCCCGGAACAUGUAGUUUUUUCCCUUUUACGUUUUACAAUUUUAACAAAACUUGUUACCGAAACUUAGUGCAGUGCGUUGUACGAGGCUAGGACCAAAUUGAAGAUUUUAGAAACAAAUUUUAAUGAAACGACCUCAAAUAAUGCCCCAGCGCAAAAAUGAAACGAAAAUAAUCACGUGAAAUCAGAAAAAAAAACACCAAGCAAGAUGCCUCGCACGAUCCGCCGAGCUUCCGAUAGUCCGAGGAGUUACAAGCCUCUCCCGUCGAACUCCACCCCCGACAUGACUAUCGUCAAGAGCGAGAUGAAAUCGGAGUUCACCCCCAGUCCGCACCUCUUGGACCACGGCUACGGGGCCACACCGGUGAACCAGAUGAUAUCAUCCACUAUUCCAGUUCAAGCCCCUCCCGUGAAACGGAAGCUAAACCUGGAGUCGCAGCACUUCGUCGUUCCGGCUGUAGUGCCCAUGAACCACGAGUUCAAGCCUCCACAGCCGAAGAAGCCGCGGAGGCAAACGCCCGUGAAGAAGAACACCAGGUACGACACGUCUCUCAGUCUGCUGACGAAGAAGUUCUCCGAGCUGCUGGAGAAGUCGCCCAAUGGCGUGGUAGACCUGAACAGGGCCUCGCAAGAGCUGAACGUGCAGAAGAGGAGGAUAUACGAUAUCACGAACGUACUGGAGGGCAUCGGCAUCCUAGAGAAGAAGUCGAAGAACAAUAUCCAGUGGAAAGGGGGCCAAAGCGAGAAUAGCAACUUCGCAGCGCUGACCAAGCACAUGCAGAAUUUGGAUAAUGUAGAGAAUACGUUGGAUAGGUUAAUAAGUUCGGCGGAGAGCGAGUUGAGGAAGUUGAAUAACGAUAGGUACGGUUACGUGACAUACCAAGACUUGAGGUCGAUAAGUGGCUUCAAACAGAAAACGGUGAUGGCAAUCAAGGCCCCCCCCAACACGCAGCUGUCCGUCCCCGCCGACGAGCACCAGGAGACGAAGUACAACAUCCAGAUGAGGAGCGAAGCGGGCGAGAUUGAGGUAUUCCUGUGUCCGGAGAACCCGCCGCCCGUCAAGCCGAAACCGGUGCCGCCGAUGGACCUGCUCCUUAGGGACAUCAAGCUGAGCCCCGGGCUCUUCGACCUCACCACCCCGCCAGUGCCUCAGUUGGAUAGUCCAACGCAUAAACCUAUUUCAUCACAGUUUUGCCGAAGCUUGUCCUUUUCUAAAGACUCCUUCGAUCCCGGUCCAAGCACGAGCCAGUCACACAGCCAUCCGCGACAAGAGCCGUUCGGCAGCGGUCAACCUUCAGCGCCUCAGCAACAUCAGCACCAACAGCAAAACACGGCAAGCAACCAGCUGGACUUGUUGCAACUCUCACCACUGAACAUGGGCUACUUAACCUCCAAUGGCAAUACGAGCGGAGGAGACCCCUCCGCGGCAGUGAAGCCCGAGAUGCCUCUCAUUCACGAAGGUGAAGGACUGGGUCCAAUGGUUGGACGUUUUAAUUUUAAUACACAGACUGAACAUAGUAACUUAGGAAUUAUGGACCCUCUUUUCUGCAGCGAACUGGUACCUUUGGAACCUCUCAUGCAAUCCGAGUACAAUUUCAGUUUAGACGCGACAGAAGGCUUAGCCGAUCUCUUUGAUUAUGAUUUCCUUUCUUGUUAAAAUGUUGCUCAUCCAUGUACAAAUUACAAAUAUUUACCUAUUAGAUCCAUUAGUUGAACCAACAGAGUCCACUGCAUUACUGCACUCGAAAAUAUGGUUUUCGUCAUAUCGAAUUUGUUGAUUAUUGUAUUUGAAAAGGGUAAAAGCAGUGUUAUGGGUACUUGAAUCUUUAUGGUUAUGUAAUUUGGGGAUGAAUUGUUUGGUCUUAAUUUUUAUUGGUCAUUUGAUGGCGAAGUAAAUCGAGAACUGCUUUAGAUUUUUUCCACAGGCCACAGAGGGUUAUUUCAAAUAUACAGUGCUUAGAAUUUUCAAUCAUUCACCAGACCAUACUAAAAAACUCAUUGAAAAUAUUAAUAUGAAGAAUCAUGGCUGCCCCAUGAGGACUUUAUGUGGGGUAAACCACAUAAUCGGUGUAGCUUCGUUGUUAUUUUGCUCAGGUCCAAAAUUUCAGCAAAAUAUGAAGAUUGAACUCUCUACAGGUCAAUUUUGCCACAAAUCUAAGUGACUUGUGACUGUCGAUUUCACUAUUAUUGUUCGAAACUGAUCUCUCACACUUUUCCAGCUCAUUAUCAAACAUGUAAUUUUAUAUAAUAAAGUCGUGCUUCUUUUUGAUUA